AUGGGCAGCCGGCCCCGCAGCCCCAGCGCUUACCCUGCGCCCUGUCCCGGACCGUCGACCGGAGGACCUGGCCCCGCCAAGCGCAGCCGAACCGAGGAGCUUGCAGGCCUGGAAGGCCUGGAGGGGCCCCCGGCCACCGGUGCCCUCACCUCGGUGGUGGUCCUGGCCACAGGAUGUGCCCUGCAGAUGUCCCUGGACGACGUCGACCUGGUGCUCGAGCCCGAGCCAACGUCGGUCCUGCAAGUGUCUGUCGAAGAGCUCACACUGCUGCUGGUCCCCGAGGCCCUCCUGCGCUCAGGAGAGCAGGGCCACUCCCUUGCCUGCCUGGAACCCGGCGCUUUCUUGGGCGCGCCCGGGCACGACGUCGCCGUCGAGCAAGGAUUCUUCCGCGCAUCUGUCCCACAGAUGGCCCCCCAAGAAGAGGCCUACGAGGAAGACGCGGACCCCGCGUUCCUGUCGCCUCGGAUGGACCCUGCAGCCGGCUCCGUUGCUGGGCUCCGCCCCUGCGCGGGAAGCGUGACCAACCCCUACCCUGUGGGCCAGGUACCAGAGCCUCGGUCUUGGGCCCCCACUCCUAGUCCAGAGAGACGCUCUUCUUUCCGCUACUUCAACCUGGACGUUCACCUUCUGGAGCCCUUCCCCAACUCGCCACUCCAACCUCUACCUCCCUCUCCGAGUCCAGGUCCCCACGCGCGCCCCCAGCGCCCUCCGGGUCCUUCUCGCAAGGCCCGGAGACGCCUGUUCCAGGAAUGAACUGAACCCACAACCCCUAGCCACCUGGUAGAGACCUUAAAAGAGUCUUUUAAGAGCGCUGUGUGUACUUUGCACAACCUGCAAGAAUCACCAAGCAUGAAUAAUGGACAGAUGCUCUUUUGAUGGAAGCUGCAUUGCAAAAUUGUGGAUCAAUGGUGGUGGAACAAAACAUCUGGAAGGAAGUCACAGAAGCAAAGAGAUGCUGUUUUAAGUACAGUGUACUUUUAGACAUCUGACAUGCUGCUUAGGUUGUUUUCUCUAUAAAGGUUGCCCUUAAGUAGCUGCAUUCUCCCUAGUUUUGCUUCAAACCCCAACUUCAGCACUUUUUCUAAAAACCCAUCCUUUCCACAGCACUCUACCACAGCACCUCUUCUUUCCAAAUUAAAGUAAUUACUUUUGUUUUGUUUUGGUUUUUGCCUAAUGUAUUUUGGCCCUAGUGUGCAUGCUAGUUUAUGACAACUUUGCCAUUUUGACCUCUCAGUGGCUGUAGACGCUUUUGGAGAAUCUAACAAAUAGGUGUAUGUGGACAAAUGUUUGUUGGCUACAAACACACAGAAUGAGGAGCGAUGAUAUGUGCCCUCCUUUUUUUAAUGAGAAGGCUAUCAAAUGGUUUAACUCUACUGCUAGGUUGGGGGGUGGGGGUUCCCCAAAGGAACCAACUCUUUUCCAUUCUUCCUAUAUAUUUUUCAUAUAAUUCUCCUGUGCUGGAAAAGUUUAAGGACUAUAAACUUUGUGUUGAUAGUUCUAA